AACAUCUCCCUUGAACAUGGGACCGCCCGAUCUCAAACCCGCCCUUUGGCUCUUCGACCUCGUCGUCAGACUACUGAUUCCAUGGGCUGUGAGGGAAUCUAGUGCUCUGGGAUGAUCGUUCCCCAUGUGCUCGCUCGUCUUCUAGUAGAAGAAGUCCCAUCACCUGGCGUUUCUCAGAUAUGCAGAAACAGAUCUCCCGGGAUGAUGGUGGUAGUGUUGAUCAUGCGAAUAGCUUUCUGGUGUUUAUAGCACGGAGCUUGGGAGUGAGCAGAGUCUCGAUCUCGACAUUCAGGCUUCGUCGUGAGAUUCUUUUGUGGUUGGAGACCGGCAGAGACUGAACGAUGGCUGCGCUUGACGCCACGAAGUCGCAAGCGCCCCCAGUGGCGACCGUAGGCACUGGGAAGGCAACGUCGACAGUGUGGACGACUAUUAAACCAUUUGUGAAUGGUGGGUUGUCGGGAAUGGGUGCGACGUGCGUGAUCCAGCCCGUGGAUAUGAUCAAGGUGCGUAUUCAGCUGGGUCAGGGAAGUGCUUUGGUGGUGGCCAAGAAUGUUAUUGCGAAUGAGGGGUUUGGCGGACUGUACAAGGGUUUGUCCGCUGGGUUGCUGCGGCAAGCUACCUACACAACUACGAGGCUAGGAACGUUCAGAGCGCUCACCAGCAAAGCCAUUGCAGCCAAUGACGGGAAGCCUUUGCCAUUGUAUCAGAAGGCCUUGUGCGGGUUGACAGCCGGUGCUGUUGGAGCCUCCGUGGGCUCACCUGCAGAUCUUGCCCUAAUCCGGAUGCAGGCGGAUGCUAUCCUCCACGAAGCCCAGAAGCGGCACUACAAGAAUGCCUUCCAUGCCCUCACCCGGAUCUCCAAGGACGAGGGUGUGUUGGCCCUGUGGAAGGGAGCUGGCCCCACUGUGGUGCGAGCCAUGGCAUUGAACAUGGGUAUGCUUGCCUCUUAUGACCAGUCUGUGGAGUUCUUUAGGGACUCUUUGGGCUUCAGCGCAACGCCGACUCUCCUCAGCGCUAGUGCGGUGUCUGGGUUCUUCGCAUCCGCAUGCAGCUUGCCAUUCGACUACGUGAAGACGCAAGUGCAGAAAAUGCAGCCGGGGCCAGACGGGAAGUACCCAUACACCGGGUCUGUGGACUGCGCGUUGAAGACACUGGCACAGGGAGGACCUUUGAAGUUCUACACCGGAUUCGGAACGUACUGCGUGCGAAUCGCUCCGCAUGUUAUGAUGACCUGGAUAUUCAUGAACGAAAUCCAAAAGUUGCAAAAGAGGUCGGGGUGGUGAUGACGAUGACUUAACGAUUUUACGGGCCUGGAAGCUGUUGCUGAUAUUUGAUCAAAGUGAGGUGUAGAUUUAUGAGUGCAGGUUGAUCGCGUUUCUGAGAUGUGGUCGUAGUUCUGUGACAUGCUCUCUAAUUGCCUUCUCCUGCACAUUUUGACAUAGAUGGUUGUUUCCUCCCAAAAUUGGAACCUUGAGAAAGAGAAAAUGUCUUCAGGGCGGCAGGACCAUAUUCUGCCUUGUGUGCAUCAGAAUUGAGUGAUUCGGAAAGGAUUAAAAUGCCGUUCUGAUCACUUCUUCUAUGUGUGCACCUUGAAUUGGGUUUUUUUGACAGCUUCUUUCUUAGAAUUAGAGUGUUUCACUCGCAGCAAUGACUACGAUACAUCAGACGUACCACGUUCUUUGGAUGGUGUGUUACGAAAUGUUCGGAGUUGAAAAGGUUAUAUAAAUUUGGGUCUGUUGCGCAAAACAAGUGUGCUUAUAAUCAA